AUGCUUGACAGUGCAAAUGUAUCCGAUAAAGAAAAGAAGAUACAAUUCCUUAGUCUCCUUAUUGCGGCCGUUGAGUCGGCAACGGGUUCAAAGGUGUCAGCCAAUCCUUCUAAAAUUGUCGCGGGACAUGAACCUGAGCAAACAAACGAAUUACUUCAGUUACUUGCUUCUUGCGCUGCACUUCCGUCGGAUAAAAAGGCAGCGGCCGUAAAGGCAGCAAAAAGUGCGGGAGACGCUACGAAAUCAUCAAGCAGCAAAGGCGGGGACGACGACGAGAAGCGCAAGCGACGCGAAGAAGAAAAGAAGAAACGAAAGGAAGAGGAAGGUGAUGGUGAAAAGAAGAAACAUAAGGAAGAAGACGGCGAGAAAAAGAAGCACAAGGAGGAAGACGGCGAAAAGAAAAAACAUAGGGAAGAGGAUGGAGAAAGGAAGAAGCAUAAAGAAGAGGACAGUGAGAAGAAGAAACGCAAGGAAGGAGAAGGGGAAGAAAAGAAGAAACAUAAGGAAGAAGAUGGUGAGAAAAAGAAACGAAAAGAGGAGGAGGGAGACGGUGAAAAGAAAAAGCAUAGAGACGAAGAUGGAGAAAAGAAAAAGCAUCGGGAGGAUGAUGGAGAAAGAAAGAAGCGAAAGGAAGAGGAAGGUGAUGGUGAAAAGAAGAAACACAAGGAAGAAGAUGGCGAGAAGAAGAAACGAAAAGAGGAGGAGGGAGACGAGAAGAAAAAACAUAGGGAAGACGAAAGUGAGAGAAAGAAACGAAAGGAGGAAGAUGGAGAGAAAAAGAAACGAAAAGAGGAAGAAGGAGAGAAAAAGAAACGGAAGGAGGAGGAUGGUGAUGGUGAAAAGAAGAAACGUAGGGACGAGGAUGAUGAGGAACGCCGUAGGAGACAUGAAGAGAGGAAGCGACAAGAAAAGAAAGCUGCUGAGCAGGCGCAAGGUAGUGCCGGAGCUGAGCCAUCUGAAGGUAAGGGUGCGGAUGGUACUACAGAAGGUGCUACUGGCCAACAGCAAUUACCAACACGUCAGCUUAUCCGCAAAUCGUCUGCGGGGAAAGCGCCACCACGUUCGAAGGCUUCGCACGAAGUUGUUGCUGAUGAUGGUAGUUCUGCAAAUGUUGCUGAAGUGAUCCGUGAGACGAAGCGUGGUGCUGCCGGGGAGGGUUCUAAAGAAGAUGGAGAGGAAAAUGAUUGGAUGCGUGUCGCUGAGCAACAGGCCGCACGACCAACGAAAGACAGUGACGGCACUUUACAAGAUGGUGAGGCAAAGGGAUAUCUCGGCCAGCAGGCUUUGCGAGCGAAGCGGGAGCAAGAAGAAGAGACCGCGCGUCUGGCGCAGGAUGGUGGUGCACGAGGUCCUCGAGAGGGCGGUAUUAUUAUUCACAGCAACAGGGCUGGUAAGAGCGGUGGCACCAUGGCGGAGGGCGAACUCAGCAAACUUCGGCAACAACUUCAACUGUUGACGAAAGCUUCUAAUCCUCUUGGAAAACUUUUGGAGUCGAUUCACGAUGACAUCGACACAAUGGGGCGGGAAUUGGAAAUGUGGAGAUCGGAGGCACGCAGCCAGGCGCUUGCUGCUGCUGAUGCACGCCGGCAAACAACAGAAAGUCUUCAGGAGGUACACGCCCAACUGCAGGCUCUAGAAGACGCUAUAAGUGAUCAAAUAUUGAAAAACCAUAACAUACGGCGCAAUAUCAUCAGUAACGACAAUGCCAUUGCUGGAAUGGUCCGCAUGUUUGUUAAUCCCGAUGCCCUUACCCGUUAG